GCCCCUUCCCGUCAGCCCCCGCGGCGGCAGCGACGCCGAUGGAGCCGCCGGAGGCCCCCCCCCUGUGCCGGGAGCUGUGGGGGUCCCAGGAGGUCACGUGGUACCAGGGGGACCCCCGGGGGGGGCUCCUGAGGCUCCGCCCCCCUGGGGCCCGAGCAGGGACUGGGAUCAACCAAGUGCUGAUGCGGGUGCUGCUGCCCCAGGGGUACCCCCAUAGUGUGAGCCCCGAUUACCUCCAGUACCAGUGCUGGGACUCGCUGCAGGCUCUCUGCUCCUCCCUCUGCUCCUCUCUCUCCGCUCGCUCUGUGCUUCAGGCCAUGGGGGUUGGUGAUGGAGCCGCCACCGUCACCGGAGCCACCCUCACCUGGCUGCUGCGGGAUGGGGUAGGGAUGGUGACGAGAAUCACAUUCACCUACCUGCAAGGGAGCCGCCUGGACUGCGAGGCCAAGCAAUGGCGGCUGGCCGCUGACGUCAUCAAUGACGCGGCGCUGCUGCUGGAGCUGCUGGCACCUGAUUGGCCCCGCGCUGGCCCCGCCCUCCUGACGCUGGCGGCGGCGGGCAAGUGCGUGGUGGGGGUCGCUGGCGGUGCCACCCGCACUGCUCUGGCCGUGCACCAGGCCCGCAGGGACAACGUGGCUGAGGUGGCCGCCAAGGACAGCAGCCAGGAGACGCUGGUGAAUGGGCUGGGGCUGCUGCUGUCCCUGCUGCUGCUGCCGGCGCUGGAGGGGCGGCCGUGGCUCACGUGGGGGGUGGUGACGCUGCUGCUGGUGACCCACGUGAUCGCCAACGUGCGGGCGGUGGGGGCUCUGCGCCUGCGCAGCCUCAACAGGCCCCGCCUCCGGCUGGCGGUGGGCGGGGCCUUGAGGGGCGGGGCCAGGGGAGGGGGCGGAGCCUUCGCUGUCCCCGCCCCCGAGGAGGUGAACCCGCGGGAGCCGCUGCUGCCGGGCUUCAGCACCCGCCUGCACCUCCACUUGGGUGCCCCCCUGCACCGAUUGGUCAAGAGCGAGGCUGAGCUGCUGAAGGCCAUUGAGUGCAGCCCUGAGCAGUACCUGAUUGUGCUGAGGCCUGAGGAAGGCUGGGUGGGGGUCGGCCUGCGCCGGGGGUCCCCCCCCAGCACCCCAUUGUUGGCCUGCGCCCAUGCCCUGCUGCUGGAGGAGCUGCUGGGGCCCCCCCUGCCCCCCACAGCACCCAUGGGUGCUGCCCUGCGCCGCAUGCAGGGGGCGCUGCGGCGUUGCCAUGCCCCAGGCUCUGUCCCAUGGGGGGUCCUGGCCGAGAGCUCCAGGAUCUGGCGCACGCUGGGACCCUCCUUUGUGGACGGGCUGGCGGCCGCCGGUUGGGAGACGCAGCGACCCCUGCUGGCCCCCGACCAAUGGGAGCUCGAGUGGGCGGGGCCAGGGGGCGGGGCCUCGAAGGAGGAGCCCCGCCCCCUGUGACCGGAUCCGCCCCCAAGGAGCCCCAAAAUGGGCUGAAAACAGCGGAUUUUAGCAACGAAGGGGCCAAAAAUCCCCAAUUUUGGGUUAUUACUAAAAAUGAGCAAUUUU